UUGAGACCCCUGCUAUAUGAGUAUUCAAGUUAAUCUAAUAUGCUUUUAACACAACAUCUAGUCAACAUAAGUGCUAUUGCUAUAAUUUGGAUGGUAUAGUAUCAUGAACCACAAUUAAAGUCUUGUGACACUCAUGCCAGGCGUUAUUGUUGUUGUCGAGUUUCCGCACGCCGAUUGCUUUGGGCCGGGCCUAGUCAAAGUCCAGGGCCGUUUUUUAGUCCCAGUCCGUCCCUGAGUGGCAGUGGUUCGACUACGAUGCUUUUGGGAAACGUAACUCACUAUCCUACUAUCUCCAGUGGAGGGGUCGAAAAUAUGAUAGGCGGGGCAGAGAACUCAGACAUCCGGUUCAUGUCGAGGUAAUGUAUCGUUACGCGAAUUUCAGAUCUAAGAAGCAUUGUUGAUAAUAAAGCGUCUUAAAAUGUAACAAAAACGCGUCCCUGAGAAGCCAGAGAACAACUUAAGUCAGCUCUCUCCAACUGGACAUGUCACAGACACUUAUGAGACACCAUGGAUCAAGACUCAGAGCGUGCUCGGUUUGUGGAUGCCCACUGGGCGACACUUGUCCAGAAAGUAAUCAUGGUGAUGCCGAUAGCGGAUGAGCUGCGGUCAGCUGGUAUGCUGGAGUGGGAGCCGUACUGUAAGAUCAAAGCAGCAGAUAUAAACCAGGAGAAAAUGAGAGAGUUUUAUGAAGUCCUGCACUCUGGAGGAGACAAGGUUAAAUCUGCCUUUUAUUCUAGUCUGGAAAAGCAUGAGCAAUCUCUGUUUAGAUCCUUGGGUAGCAUUGCUGAAACUGCAGAAGCUCUUGUAAAAAGCUUAAACAAAUAUAAGAAGUGGAUCCAGAAGGAAUAUGAAUAUGUGAGUGAGUAUAACUCUUUGCCUGGUGAAUAUGUGCUGCUGUCCAAGCGCUAUACACAACCUCUGAUCAUCACGAGACACAGAGAGAAGAGAGAGCGAGAAGAAGAGAUGUGUUCCGUGGGAGAGAGUUUCCAGCAGCUCCUCACCUCUAGGAAUAAUGCGGACAAGGGCAGCUCAGUCUUGGAUGAGCUUUUUAGCACUGAUAAUAAGGGAGUCAAUCCUAGUGCUGUCAUUCUUCAGGGGAACUCUGGGCAUGGCAAAUCCUUCACAGCUCAAAAGAUUAUGCUGGAUUGGGCAUCAGGAAACCUCAGCAGAGAGGAAUUUGAUUGUCUUUUUCACUUGAAAUGCAAAGAAUUGAACCACAUAUCUGGAGAGCAGAGUUUGGCGGAGCUCUUGAGCUACAACUCCGGUUUAACAUCGGCCCAGAUCUCACAGAUCCUGCAGAAGUCACCAGAGAAAGUUCUCAUCCUCAUUGAUGGAUUCGAUGAGCUCAGGUUUUCAUAUAGUGACACAUCGAAUAUGCCAAAACUCAGGCAUUUUUCUGAAAAAGCUCCAACUGAGGCUUCUCUAAAGGCUUUGUUGAGGGGCCACGUCUUGUCUGAGUCAUUCCUGCUGGUCACCACUAGGUCUACAGCUACAAAAACCCUGGGCGGUCUGCUCAAGCACCCUCAGCGCUUCACUGAGAUUAUCGGUUUCUCUGAGAGGGAGGUGGAGGAGUACUUCAAGAGGUUCUUUCAGGAUGAAGAACUCUUCAGGAGCGCUUUUGAGUGCGUGAAGGCAAAUGAAACCCUCAUUACUGCCUGCUCCAUCCCUGUUAUCUGCUGGAUCGUCUGCACAGUUAUGCGGGAGAGGUUCAGUGAUGGUGCGGAUGCGACAAGUGGACUGGAAACCACCACCUCCAUCUACGUUGACUUUGUGUCCACUCUACUGGAGCAUCACUGCCAGGGUUUAAGUCAGUCCGUCCUGACCUUGCUGAAAAGUCUGUGUCAGCUGGCAGAGAAAGGGAUGCUGAAAAAGCAAGUCCUGUUUGAAGAGAAAAGCGUGCAAGAAACGGUUUCAGGCAGUCCAUUUCUGUGCAAGUUCCUCCUUAAGAGAAGAAUCCGCCAGGAAACGAUGUACAGUUUCAUGCAUCUCAGUUUUCAGGAGUUCUUCACUGCUCUGUACUACAUCUCACUAGAUGAAAGAGAGUUUCUGGAUAAACUAACAGAGCGAUUCCACUCUCAAACACAAAGCUAUCUUGCCCUAUAUUUGGAUAAGAACUUUCCACUGAAGUAUGGGUGUCCUGAACCUCAUUUCCUGCCUGUGAUUCAAUUUCUCUGUGGUCUCUCUAAUAAAGAAGUUAGCAGCACACUUGAAGAGACGCACAAUCUGUCCGUCCCUUCCUUUGUACAGGCACAGCUGGAAGAAUGGAUCCUCCAUGUUAGCACAAAUGGAGACUACAAUUACUUGCCCUUCAUUCUCCACUGUCUCUAUGAACUCCACGAGAAAGAGUUUGUGCAGAAAGCCAUGGAAGCUUGGCAGGAGUUAGACAUGUCCUGGGAUCAACUGAGCAGGACAGACUGCUGGGCGUUGUUGUAUUGUCUGGACUGCUGUCCUCACUUCAGAAGCCUGAAGAUCAACUUUGCAGCUGAAGAGCUGAAGAUGCUUCAGCCUGUAUUGUGCAGGACCCCAAAACUAGAGUUGACUGUGCAAAACUUUUCAGACACAGAUGUCACUAAUCUGCUCUCAGCUCUUGGAGAAGGAAAGCAUCUGAGAGAACUGAAGCUGAACACCAGCUGUCUGUCAGAUCAAAGUGUGCUGCAGGUUCUUAAUGCUCUAAACAAACAGAAUAGCGUGGGUGGACUUAAGAUUGUGGUGAAGAGCAUCUCAGCUGACACUGCCCUCAUCCUCACUGACUUCCUGCAGAGCAAAUUGAAAUGGGAGGAGAUCAGUUUAAAGACAAAUGAUGCAGAGAGUCUGUGCUCAUCUCUUCGGCUCUUCAGCUUUGAAGGAAAGCUUGUGUUGAAUGUGGUGAGAUGGUGUUCAAGCCUACAGAAUGAGCCGUCACUGUCGGAAAUCAUUCUGAAAUGUCCACGUUCAGAGGCAUCCAGUAUUAAUGUCAAGAGCUUAUUGCAGGCGUUUCACAGUGUAAACUGUAUAACAGAACAAAGUGCCGAUUUUGACAGGCAGGUCGAUGCUCUGCUGUCUCAGCUGCCAUCUGUGUCUGGUUUAAGUGCGAUAAAUCUUUCUGUUCCCCUCCUGACGGAAACAUGGGCUUCCAGAAUCCUUUUCCUGGUCGAGUCUUGCCCCAGACUGGCUGUGAUCAGUUUUCAUGCUGGUUUAUGGGGCUCUGAAGGUGGUCAGUGGCUCGCUGGUCUUUUAAUGGAAGAAGGAAUCAAGUUACUGAAAGAAUCUGCAAAACGUCCAGAGUGCAUUGUGAACAUUAGAGGGUUCAGAUGCAGUAAAUCCUCUGACCGCUGCACUCGUCACACCGAGCAGAUCGAGGAGCUCAGCUGCAACCAGAGAGUGACCAUUGAGUUCUGUGGCGAGAAAUGUACAGAAGACAUAAAAUCUAAACUUGUACUGCCUGAUGAAAACUGAAUCUGUUGAAUUGGUCUUUAUGAGUCUCACUUGUAAAGAAAUUAAUCUUUGUCUCUCUUAAGUAACUCGAUAUAACAACUAUGUGUGAAAUUAAUACAGAGACAUAAUAAUGCAUAAUAAAUCACUGCUGGAAGAAUUCUGAA